GAAUCAGUCCAUCGGAUUUCCGAUAUACUGUUCACGCCUUGAAGACGACGGAGAAGAAGCCGUACCGCGGUGUGAUGACGUGCCAUGUUGUAGAACAUCAUUAGCAUCGCCACCAUCAUUGCGCACUGAGGUGCGCGAGGCGCUGGCGUUCUAAAUCCCCGCUGACGUACGUGCGCGUCUGGCGGUCUUCUCGGGCAGAGACUGCGCCUGGUGAGCGAUCCUCAGCUGGCUGCUGCGGAGUGGAGUUCGAGCGGCAUCGCUCGCAGGAAGAGCCGCCGCCUCGCAAGCCGCGAACCGUAAGAAGCUACCACGAAGAUGGCGUGCGCUACGCUGAAGAGAUCGAGCAGCUGCGACCCGCUGAGCCCCAACGGAAACUCAGCAAAGCGACGAAGGUUCUGCCUGUCGACGUCGUCAGUCACUACGCCACAUACGCCACGCCAUGCCCUCCAAGCCAGGCCGCACCAGGUACGCUCUUCACCAUUCGUCGACGCGACGCCGAAGAUGACGUCCGAAGAGAUCGAGGCCAACGUCCACGAUGAGAUGUUGCGUCUCCAGCGACGCAGGCAGCUGUGCUUCCAGGAAGGAUCGCCAGACUACGCCUGUCCGGCCGUGCUCGAUACGUGGCCGCCGCAGGGUGCAAAGGCUGACCAGCCUAUCUUCACGUUCCGCCAGGUGGGCCUGAUCGUCGAGCGCAUGGUAGGCGAACGAGAGAAGCAGCUACGCGAGGUCUACGACAGCGUGCUGUCCGCCAAGCUGGCCGAACAGUACGACGCUUUUGUCAAGUUCACGCACGACCAGAUUCAGAGACGCUACGACAGUGUUACGCCUAGCUACUUGUCCUAGCGAGUCGACCGGCACCAUGGCGUAAGAUGGAUCAAACGGCAGCGACGUUAUGUGGGGCGUGGAGAAACUUGCUUCUUUGGCCUCGGCAACCGAGGCAACGGCGGUCUACGCUGAGCAAGCGGUUCAUCGUCACUUCGGCGUCUGAAAAACAAAAGGGACAGCAGCGCGUACUCAUGUCUGUCGAACAUUGGACAGGGCAAGCGUGCUGUAGCGCAUUAAUGCUGUAAAGUUUUGCAUUUUACUCGACUCCCAUGUCACUUUGACGUCAGCUUUGCCUACGUGACUUGUGCUGUACCUUCCUUUUGCACGCUGUUUGUCAUUAAAAGCAGUGCUCAAAGCCA